GCCGUGUUCUGUAGCUCCAACUUCACCAGAUCUCAGAAUGGACCCCAACUGCUCCUGCUCCACCGGCAGCUCCUGCACCUGCUCCAGCUCCUGUGUCUGUAAGAACUGCAAAUGCACCUCCUGCAAGAAGAGCUACUGCUCCUGCUGCCCUGUGGGCUGCUCCAAGUAUGUCCAGGGCUGUGUGUGCAAGGGCCAGUCAGACAAGUGCACAUGCUGUGCCUGAUGUUAGGACACGGCUGCUCCCACGUGUAAAUAGUAGUGCUGGAUCACCCCAGAGC